AUGGAGAUUGACAGUCUGGAUGACAGUAGUGAAAGCAUGUCUGAUCAUCAGAAUGACAAUGGUGUUAACCUUUAUCCUGUUUCUGUUGGCGAUGGAGGUGUGGGUUUGCCUUAUGCUCCCGUGGACUUCCCUAAUCCUGGUGAUCAUUGGAGUUGGAGAGUAGGAAAAAGGGUUUCCGCUUCUGGGUUCUUUUUGGAUAGAUAUUUGUACCCUCCUAAUAAUCUUCGGGAUGUAAAUCGUAGGAAACAAGGAUUUGCAAGUAAGCAAUCAGUUGAGCAGUUUAUUCGGUCGAAAUUCCCAAACGCUGAUGCUAAUGCAUUUUUUGCCUCAUUUAGUUGGAGGAUCCCUUCAAACCACCGGCGCUCUGAAUUGACAGAUAAUAAGGACGGGAUGCUAACCUUUGGAGAAAUAACAGAUACAUCGGCCUCUGAUUUCCUUAUGGGAGAUGCAGCUUGCAAGGCUGGUAGUAGAUCAUGCAGUAGUUUACUUGGAAGUGAUGAUUCUGCGGAAGUCAUGUUUUGUGAUAUUUGCUGUAGUGAACCUGAUUUUUGCCGAGAUUGUUGUUGUAUUCUCUGUUGCAAGAGAAUUAGUUUAGAUCAUGGUGGCUAUAGUUAUUUCAGAUGUGAAGCAUUAGUAAAUGGAUCCAUUUGUGGUCAUGUUGCGCAUAUUAACUGUGGUCUCCGAGCUUACUUGGCUGGUACAGUAGGAGGAAGUAUUGGUUUGGAUGCCGAGUACUACUGCCGGCGUUGUGACUCAAGGUCAGACCUUGUUUCUCAUGUUGGGAAACUUCUUAAGGUAUGUCAAUCUAUGGAAUCCCGUGACGCUGUUGAACUGAUUCUCAAUGUUGGCAUAUGCAUUCUGCGGGGCUCUGGGAGAACUAGUGCAAUGCAGUUGUUAGAUCGUGUCUCUUCGGCACUUUCAAAGCUCACAAAUGGAGCAGACUUCGAAGAUAUUUGGAAAGAGGAAGACAGAUUUGAAGAUAUCCCAGGGGAGAUAUCGCCUGCUGAAAAUGGAGCCGCCGAUAUUGUAAAUUAUGAGGGCCCUCCAGUAGACGGAUCACCUCCAGUAAACUCCUCGAUUUUCAAUCACGGAGUGGAAGCAAUAGUACUGGAAGAUGAAAUCGAUCAGAUCCUACUUGAAUUAAAGAGGUCACAGGAAGCAGAAUACAGACUUGCUGAGGACAUCCUUCAUUCUCAGAAGGACCGUAUUCAUAAUCUAUAUCAACAGCUUAACUACGAAAGACAUGAACUUUCAAAGCAAGCUUCUACAGGUAACACAGAGGUUUUGAUUGAUGCUAUCCUCAACAGGGUGGAACAAAUCAAAGAAGAGGUGAUGAAGCUCAAGGAGAUGAAAGCUGUAUCAAAGGGGUUUGGAAGAACCCCCAGAAGAAUUCUCAAGGAACAUUAUGGUUUAGAAACUGAAAAUCAAUAG